AUGGAUCCCGACGCCGGCAUCCCCGCCGAAGCCGAACCCUCUGUCUUCAACUACGUUCUCUCCUUCCUACUCGUCGGCGUCGCAUGGGGCUUCACAACCCCCUUUAUCCGCCGCGCAGCAGCAGACUUCAACGCCCGACAAGAGAAGCAAGCAAACGAAUCCAACUCCCGAGGCCGCUCACAAGAAUCACCAGAAACCGGGUUCACAGAUGCGGGCGAGGGACAGGAAUUGCUCUCUCGGGAGGAACAAGACCGUGACUCCGGUGACGAGGAAGGUGUGCGGAGACGGAGUACGAGUAGCAAUGCUGUGAACCGAAAACCGAAGACUGCGGACGCAGAUACGGGACUGGAUGGUGGAAUUGCUGGUGCGAGUAGUCGCGAUACUAUGGAAAACAGGGAAGGUGGUGCAGAUGAGGACCAGGAUGAUAUACCCACGCCGGCGUGGAGACGUGGGGCGCCUGUGAAGCAGUCGUGGCUGCGGACGAAGGUUGUCACUAUUUUCUGGACGGUUGUUAACCUGCUUCGCACGCCUGCGUAUUCUAUUCCCUUGGUUAUCAAUCUCACGGGUAGUAUUUGGUUCUUUUUGCUUGUUGGGAAACAUGAACUCUCUUUGACUGUGCCGCUUGCAAACUCAAGUGCGUUCUUGUUUACUGUUCUUGGGGAGUGGUAUGUUGAGCGUAAGGUGAUUGCGAGGCAGACCUGGUUGGGCAUGAGCUUGGUACUUGGAGGGAUUGCGUUAUGUGUGCAUUCUAAGAACCAGGCUUCUUAA